AUGGCCAAGGUCCCACAGGACUUGCAAAUCGCCAUUAUUGGCGCCGGCAUGGGUGGUUUGACCACUGCCCUUGCUCUGGCAAAGCGCGGGUUCAAGAACAUUGAUGUGUAUGAGAAUGCGCACGACCUCGGCUUCGUUGGCGCGGGUAUUCAGCUGGCGCCAAACAUGGCCCGCGUGCUCGAUGGUCUGGAUGUGUGGCGCGGUAUCGAGGCCGAAGCGGUUAACAUUUCAGACACGUCUGUCCGAGAGGGCGCAACCGAUACGGAGCUUGCGCACGUGGAACUGGACUACAUUGAGAAGACCUAUGGCUACAAGCACAUGGUAGGCCACCGCGCAUCGCUGGCGGGCGGACUGUUCGAGGGAUGCAAGCAGCAGCCGGCGAUCAAGUUCCACUUCGCUAUCACGGCCGAGGAUGUCGAUUUCGGCUCCCGGCCAUCCUUCACUGCCGUGCCCCGCGACGAGGGCAAGGCCCCCUUCAGGGUGGAGUGUGAUGUUCUCCUCGCUGCCGAUGGCAUCAAGAGUCUGGCCCGCAUGGAGAUGCUCAAGCGAUUAAAUGUCAACGUCGGCGUCAAGGAUACCAACCAAGCCGCCUACCGGAUCAUGAUCCACAAGGACCAGAUUAAGGACGACCCGGAGCUCUUGGCCCUCAUUAACAACACGCGUGUGACCCGCUGGAUUGGUGCGAAGCGCCAUAUCAUUGCCUACGCGGUCUCCAACAAUACCAUCUACAACCUCUCCACCACCCAGCCCGAUACCAACUUCGCCGCUGCUACCAAUGCCACCUACACUACCAAGGGAUCCAAGAAGGCCAUGCUGGAACUCUUUGGCGAUUUCUGCCCCAUGGUCAAGCGCAUGCUGGACUACGUUCCCGAGGGCGAGGUUUGUGAGUGGAAGCUGCGCGUUCACGACCCUCUCCCCACUUGGGUCUACGACAACGUCGCCCUGGUUGGCGAUGCUUGCCACCCCACCCUGCCCCAUCUGGCCCAGGGUGCCGCCCAGGCCAUUGAAGAUGGUGCUGUGAUUGCCGUUGUUCUCGCUCGUCUGCCCGAUACCACGCCCGAGUCCAUCAACAAGGCUCUCCGUGUCUACGAGAAGGUUCGCAAGGGCCGCGCGGAGGCGCUGGUCGAAAUGGCCGCUGCCUCCGGUCGUGCCAUGCAUUUGGGUGAUGGUGCCGCUAAGGAGGAGCGCGACCGCCAGUUCGCCGCUCUUCGCCAGGGCAAGGGCCCUGUUCCAGACAAGUGGGCCGAUGCGGAUGUCCAGCGGGAGAUCUACGGCUUCGACUGCACGAAGGUUGCCGAGGAUAACUUUGAUGAAUACUUCAAGCAGAUGUAA